UUUCCCUCUGGUAAGUUCUGAUUCCGUUUCGAUCUCGUCCGAAUUUCAAUUUCACAGUAGCCAUGGUUGUAAUUAGCAAGCUUUUCAACUUUGCAUUGCCUCCUCUUUCACUACUUCUCCUCACCAUUUUAAUGCUACCUUCGCUCAUCUUCAAGCUGCUUAUGCAUGUCAGAAAAUCGCUGCGCAAAGAAAACGUGGCAAGCAAAGUUGUAUUAAUCACCGGAGCAGCCUCAGGAAUUGGCGAGCAAAUAGCUUAUGAAUACGCAAGGCGAGGAGCAAAGCUUUCCCUGGUUGACAUAAGAAAGGAGAAACUCGUGGCAGUGAGUGAUAAAGCAAGAUCUCUGGGUUCUCCUGAUGUUACCACCAUUGCUGCUGAUGUAUCCAAGGUCCAAGAAUGCAAACGCUUUGUUGACGAAACAUUCAACUACUUCGGAAGACUGGAUCAUCUGGUAAAUAAUGCAGGAAUCAGUGGUAAGCCUGUAACUGUGGAGAAUAUGCGUGAUAUUUCUGAAUACACUGCAGUUAUGGAUGUGAAUUUUUGGGGAGCAGUUAAUGGGACAUUAUUUGCAAUCCCACAUCUGAAAAAUAGCAAAGGAAGGAUCAUAGUGAUUGCUUCAGUUUGCGGAUGGUUCCCACUACCACUGAUAAGUAUCUAUAAUGCGAGCAAAGCAGCGAUAACAAACUUCUUUGAGACUCUGAGAAUGGAAGCUGGAACUGCAUUCGGCAUAACAAUUGCCACGCCCGGUUUUAUCAAGACAGACCUUACAUUAAAGGCCAAAUUUGAAUUAAAGGGUGUUUUGGGAAUAGUUCCAAUGGGGUCAGCUAGUGAAUGUGCUAAAGCCAUAGUUGAAAGUGCAUGCAGGGGAGAUAUGUAUGUUACAGAUCCUUCUUGGUACAAAGUCUUGUUUCCUUGGAAGGUGCUUCAUCCUCAAUUCGUAGAUUGGGCCCUCAACCUGAUCUGUCCAAACAAGUCUGCCAUGAAAGGCAAUCUCAUGAUGCCAGAGCAUAAGACAGAAUAAACUCUUACCUCUCUACCAAUGAAUGUAACUUGGAAGUGUUUGUGACCAAGAUACUCCAUAAUAAUUACAAUAGGACUUUACUUUCCUGUAUUUUUCUUUCUUUGUGUGGAACUAUGUUAAUUCAUAAUAGCGGAAAACUUGGGAGUGUUCU